GACUCUGGUCGUCGAAGGGGUAUUAAUUAAAAUUGAGGGUCUCUUGAACAAUUGAGCUCCCUCCCGUCCCCCGGCGGCUCACCGCCGAUGGUUGUUUGAUUUCCGGCGGAGAGCGCACCCAGUCGCGGUGCGAAGCGAGUACAGGCGAGGGACAGGGAGGACUCCGACCUGAAUCGAUGCAUGUCAUUCUUCUGGGAUGCUCUGUUGAGAUCAUAUUUUAUCGCCAUCACACCCGCCCAACAAAUCACCCCCGCGUCUCGGCCCAAACCCUAUCUUCGUUACGUCGUCCUCUCUUUCUCGCUUUAGGUCUAGGGAUUUGAGGUUCCCUGUGUAUGGAGGAUUCGGGACAACUGAAGCGAGCCUUGGUCGAUUCUUCAGCGGGAGCGAUCGCUGGUGGAAUCUCACGGACAGUGACGUCACCCAUGGAUGUGAUCAAGAUUAGGUUUCAGGUUCAGCUAGAGCCAACAUCUUCAUGGGCCCUACGCCAAAGAGACCUGAAUAAGUCUUCAAAAUAUACUGGAAUUUUGCAAGCUACUAAAGAUAUUUAUCGAGAAGAAGGUUUGCGGGGAUUUUGGAGAGGGAAUGUUCCAGCUCUACUAUUGUACAUGCCUUAUGCAGCUAUACAAUUUACGACUCUGCACUACUUAAAGACUCUUGCAGCAGGUUCAUCCAAAACUGAGGAUCAUAUGAAGUUGAGUCCUCACUUAUCUUUUUUUAGUGGGGCAUUAGCAGGAUGUGCUGCUACAAUAGGAUCAUAUCCUUUUGAUCUUCUCCGAACAAUUUUAGCAUCACAGGGUGAGCCAAAGGUUUAUCCUACCAUGAGGUCUGCUUUUUAUGAUAUCAUUAAGACUCGUGGUAUUCGAGGACUAUAUGCUGGAUUAUCGCCUACGCUCGUCGAAAUAAUUCCUUAUGCUGGUCUUCAGUUUGGAUCUUAUGACACUUUCAAGCGAGGGAUGAUGGCAUGGAAUCAAUACAGAUUUUCUGUUACGAGACCAGCUACUCCUGAUGAUUAUUCUCUUUCUAGUUUCCAAUUGUUUGUAUGUGGGCUUGCAGCUGGAACAUGCGCUAAAGCCAUAUGUCACCCUCUAGAUGUUGUAAAGAAGAGAUUCCAGGUUGAAGGUCUACCAAGGCAUCCAAGGUAUGGCGCAAGAGUAGAGAGCUAUAUGUACAGAAACAUGUACCACGCCCUAUUACAGAUAUAUCAUACAGAGGGGUGGCAUGGACUCUACAAAGGCAUUUUCCCAUCACUGCUCAAGUCUGCUCCAGCUGGUGCAAUCACAUUUAUAUCAUAUGAGUAUACUUCCGAUUGGCUGGAAUCUCGACUCGCAUGAAGAACAUGAAUAGUUCGUUUCUCAUUGGUUUACUGCAGUCACACAUCUGUGGCCAUUUUUUUAACCUUUAUUCCGAGUCACCAUUUAUGCCAUUUUCAUUUUAUUAUUUAGAUUUAUAAGAGCUAUUUUACCACAUCAGUUUCAGUGCAUCGCCAUCUGAUGGCUCAAGGUUGUAAAUCUUAAUGCGAGAGAACAUGUUCGACUAACAUGAACAGGCAACUGAAGAGCCAAAAGCACAUGAAUUUGUACAUGUCUAUAAUUAUGAUUCAAGGGGAACAAGUAGGUCAAUAAUAAGCAAAUGAAUAUACACUGUUAGUUACUUGCAUAGUUACAAUAGUGUUGUGCUUUGCCCUUUA